UACAGCACAGAGAUACAGACAUGACACCUACAAUCAUCUCAAAGGAGCAUCUCCCUCUCAACAACAAGAUGAGAAAGCCGACAGUGGAGAAGAUGCGCAGAGAACGUAUCAACAGCAGCAUUGAGCAGCUCAAGUGUCUUCUGGCUCCAGAGUUCCUCAAGCAGCAGCCUGAUUCCCAGCUGGAAUAUCCAGAUAUCCUGGAGAUGAAGACACAGAGAAGACACUUGCAGAACCUGCAGACAUCAUGUGAGCAGAACAGGAGGAAAAGUGUCCUGCCUCAGCUGAACUCCUCAGACCAGAACACCUUCAGUAAAGAGAUGAAUGUCAACAAGAGCGCCGUCUGGAGGCCUUGGUAGAACCUGAGGCAAGCCAAUUAAAUGAACACUGAAGGUCUACACUAGACUGAAUGAACUACGUGUCAUAAAAUGUUCCUCUUUUUGAAAAAGUGUUAAUCAAAUUCCAAUACUUGUAUUGUGAAGAAUCUAAUAGAGUGAAGCCCUUCCCCACAAUAUCAUUUGAAAUUUGAAUAUUCAUAUUAGAUAUUUAAAGUAUGUGUAAAGGCAGUUAUUCAACUGUUUGUAAUCUUCAAACUUGUGAAGAUGUGUUGAACACAUCUGUUUAAAAAAACACAUUAUUUCAGUUAAAAACAUUUUUCCAUCUUUUUUGAUGGGUUUUCCAUUACUCAUGUCAAUUACUAUUAAUUUGUGCUUCAUAUUGAAGCUAGAUUUUAUCUUGAACCCUUAGGGUAAAUUGUUAUUUCUCAUUUUUGAACAUAUUCUCCAGUCUUGUCCUUUUGGCUUUAGUUCCAUUUUGGAAUGGGUUUGCCAUUUGAUUAAUGUCUAUUCCUUUUAUAAAGGCAUGUAUUUUGAUGGGAACUUAUUGCGUUUUCAACGGACUCACUUUUAUUGUAUCAAUAUACAGAUGAGAUUGCAUGUGUAAUGUUUACUCAUUAGAGAUCAAAUAAAUCAAAUUGCUCUCUGAUCACUUUGUUUUGCAUCAAUUCAAUGAUACUGACACUAAUUUUAAAAGGCACAAAAGGAUGAGAAAUUACUUUUUAAACAUAGGGAAUGUUUAAUAAGUGACAUACGUUUCAACAUAAUUACAAAGCAAGUUUAUUGGG